ACUGACCAUGUUUGGAGGUCUGGGAAAGCUCGCCGCUGAGGGCCUGGCCCACCGCACCGAGAAGGCCACCGAGGAGGCCGUUCACGCCGUGGAGGGAGUGGUGAAGGAGGUGGUGGAUCAUGCCAGGGAGGCUGGCGAGAAAGUCAUUGCUGAUGCCUUCAAGAAAGCCCACGAGAAAGGAGACAAGGUGAUGAAGGAUGUCACUGAGACAGUCACCAACACAGUCUCAAAUGCUGUCUACCACGCUGCAGAAAACCUGGGAAAUCUGGGGGGACAGUGA